AUGGACGCCGUUCAAGGACCAUUUCCCCCACCUGGUGAAAACCAACAUCGCAGUGCUCCUCUAGCACCUACACAAGAACUUGCCUAUCGAAAGAAAUGCAUUGCCCUCAAAAGGCGCCUUGCAGAGAUCGAAACAAACAAUGAUGCCACGCGCCGCAAAAUCAUACAAGAGACCGAACAUGUCGAGAAAAUGCGCCUUCUACGAGCCAUCCUGCUUAACCAACUCAAAGACAUCAUGACAACACCGGCCAAAAAGCUCACUCCCGAACAGCGCGAAAGACUCGGUCUUCUAGCAAAUGGAAGAGGCAACCUCGCAGAAUUGGCAGGACCUGGCAUCACCCAGGAACUACUGCGCUCCCGACCGGAGGGUGAUGGAUUAUUAGAUGACAGUUCAGAAGAAAGUGACGAAGAGGAACCUGAGCCUCAAGAAAGACCUGAAAGACGCAGGAGAGCCAACAACAAUUAUCGAGGCGAAACUAUUCUGAAUACCAAUCUCCCCGGAGAUCCAUCCCCUGCACCAUAUCAACAGUCCUCCCUGCCCAACUUGGCUCCUGCGAAUUCCUUUUCGUCUGCAACCCCUAUAGAGCCAGCGGCUCUACCUCGUUCUUCCCGCCUGUCUACGAACACGCCGCAGCAUGGUGCACAAUUGGGGAUUACUGACUCUAUGUAUGCUCAAUCCUCACCCAUUCCUGGCAAUGAGCACUUGGGUCUGCACUCUCCUAGUCAGCGGGCCGCCCAUCUUGAUACCAAUGGUCUUAGUCGAGGCCCAGCUGUCCAAACACGACCUGAAAGACCAGAUGCUCCUUUUGUCCAAUUUACCAAUCACAUGCGCCCACAACUUGAGGCUGACGACUUCGCACAUCACGCAAUUCCCGCACGGAUUCAAUCUGAGUGGGAUGGACUGAGUCCUGAAAACAGGAAGCUUUGGGAUGACAGAUACCAAGAACAAAUGCAGGAAUAUGAGGCCAACAUGGACGCCUGGAAGAAAGCUUCUCGACGUGAAGCAUCAAGCAGUGCCUUUGCAAAUUCAUAG